UAAGUAGAGUGAGAGAGGCAGUUAAUUCACCAUAAGCAGUGAUGGCCUGCAUGCCUGGUUAGCAUAUUUCUGUGUCUGUCUGUCAAAAUCACUGCCAUGGAGAAGAGAAAUGAGAAGUUGUUCUCCAGGAAAAGAAGUUUCACUUUUGGAGCUUAUGGCGGGAUUGACAAAUUCAUCACUGGAAAUGAGAGCAGCUGUGCAGAAUCUGUCGGUCACAGUCUACUGGAUAUUUUAGAUUCCCCCUCCAGUGAGGCUAAGCCACUAUCCUCUGCCCCAUCUAGCCAGAAGGUGACAGAGUUGUUUGCGAUAAUCGAAAAGCUACAGGGUAGCAGACUGGAUGAGCAGCGCUGUGAAUUCCCACCACCACUUAGGACACGGCUCUUGAAGAUUGGAGAUGGCUUACCUCUCAUCCUGCCCUCUAAAUCCAGAGGCUAUUGGAUCGACCCUCCCCUGGAUAGACACGUGGAGACCAGCCCUACUUUCUCACAGGGAGGCUUUGGUCUGGAGAGCUACGAUAUCAUGGAGAGAGACAGUGAGGCUAAAAUGUACCAGGAAUUCUUCCGCCACAGAUACCAUCAUUCCUUUACUGCCUUUGAUCCCUCUAUUGGGCCGAUAGUUUUGUCAGUUUGUCUUGAAGAAGAGGAAAAUCGCCUGAGAGUCAUUCUGAGGAUGAAGGAGUGCUCACUUCAUGGUACAUUCUCUGUCUCACUCUUUCAACACUUUCCCACAGCUGUGGAGCUGGCAAAGAUGCUGUGCACAAGUGUCAGUGUAUCAUGUUUUGAGGCUGUGAGUUACUUAAAGGCACCAGAGCUCAUAAUGGCAUUUGAUGAACACAGAGUGUCCCAAAACUUUAAAUUUGGCAUCUUAUAUCAGAGAGAAGGACAGUUAACAGAAGAAGAUAUUCUCAGUAACAAUGAAGAAAGUGAGGAGUUUUUGGAGUUUUUAUCUAUACUGGGGCAGACGGUCAAACUGCAAGGAUUCACUGGUUUCAGGGGAGGUCUGGAUGUGUCUCAUGGCCAGACAGGAAGUGAAGCAGUUUUUACUUCCUUCCAUGGAAGAGAGAUUAUGUUCCAUGUUGCCACUAAACUACCAUUCACAGAAGGGGAUACACAACAGCUGCAGAGAAAGAGACACAUUGGGAAUGAUAUUGUGGCCUUGGUUUACCAGGAGGGUCACACCCCCUUCAUCUCUGAUGUGAUCAGAUCCCAUUUUCUGCAUUGUUUCAUUGCAGUGCGGAGGAUAAAGAGAGAUAGUGAGGGAGAGGGAGGAGAUGGGGGAUCGUUUGAGGUAUCUGUGACUGCAAGGGAGGAUGUGCCCCCAUUUGGCCCACCUCUUCCUACACCUCCCAUUUUUACAGAGGGUUCAAUUUUGAGAGAGUUCCUCUUGACCAAACUUAUAAAUGCUGAAAUCUCUUGUUACAAGGCUGAGAAAUUCAGCCAACUGGAGUUGCGCACACGUUCAUCUCUCUUGGAAGCACUACGAUCUGAACUGUCUUCCCACUCCCAGUGCAUGUUAGGAGGGCCGUCACAGCCCAGCAUCCCCCUCACUGAAGGGGGGAGGAGUGCCCCAGAGGGUGGUGGAGGAUUCAUUGAGAACUUUAAGAGAGCUAUUAGGGUGCGUAGCCAUUCAUUCGAUACCUUGGGGUUACCAAAGAAGGCAGGUGGUGUGGCAGGGCAAAGGCCAAAGGUGGAAAAGGAUGGUGAAAGUGAUCACACAGGCAGGACUGACAGUGUAGACUACACUGAUAUGAAAGGUCAAACCAGUCCACAGGAUGACCUAUAAGACUAUGGAUGAGCCACUAUUUCUGGAGCAUAGGCACAAAAAAAAAAAAAAACUGCUUAUCUGCUGCGGACUUGAAACUGGGUGCUUACCAUUCAUUGAAAAGACACACACACACACACAUAUAUAUAUUGUAUAACUAUAUUACAAGUUUGUGUAUUGUUGCUACUAAUUCUAAAAGCAAUCAGAGUAUUUUAGAUAUGUAAUUUAUAUAUUUGUUUUAAAGUGGUAGUUUUAAGCUUGACUGCUGCUUGUAGUUCUAUCAC